AUGUAUUAUUUUCGCAGUCCAACUUUAGUUAGAAACUAAGAAAAGUAAUCAGAUAAUGAGAUAGUAUUUUAGAAUUAAUUAGCUUUAAUGAUGAUAUAUUAAAUAAUUAUGUAUAAUAAUCAUUUUGAACUGGUUGGUGAUGACCUAUUUGUUAAUUUUUUGAUGGAUUAACCUCAGUACUCUUUACAUUUAUAUCAAGAAACAAUUUUCCUCAUGUUGAGAGUGAUUCCAAUAUCCAUUAUCCAAUAAUGGAUUAUGAGGGUCCACCUUAAUAAGAAUUCCUGGGAGCCAAUUAACAUCAAGCACAGAAUCUGAGUAAGAAACAAUAGAAAAAAAAGAAAAUCGAUGAAACAAUGCUCAAUAACAAAAACAACCUCAAGAAUACUUAUAUAAAUAAGAUCACCAAUUUAAUUUAAGAGACAAAAUCAAACGUGGCUCCCAAAUAUGAAAGGAAGGCGUCUAUUUACACAGAAGAUUCAGCCUAAGCCAAACUCAUUCGCAAUAGAGAGUGUGCUAGAAAUUCAAGAAAGAGAAAGAAGAUCUACAUCGAAUUAUUAGAGACUAGAGUUAACUCUUUAAACGAAGAACUCGAGAAAUGUAAAAGAAUAAUCAAAGGACAAGCCAGUUGCUAAUAGCAAUUAGGUUCAAAUCAAUAGGUACAUUUUCAUUGAAUACCUAAGUUAUAAAACUUUUUUUUGGGUAGGUAACAAUUGUUUGAGAAGCUUGAAAAUGCCAUUAAAAACCGAACAGAUAACAAUGAAAUUAAUCUUCUCUUAGAUUCGAUGCGAUUUAGAGUUGGGGGAGGAGGCAAAGAAAGAGUGAGUGCUUCCAACUAUUUCUUUUAAUAAAUUAUGGAAAUCUGUUUCCCUAUUCAUGUAAGAUACAUGUUGUGGGCAGCCAGUUCUGAGAGCCAAGAACCCACUUGGUUUACUAAUUUAUCUAAGGAAAUCAAUCUCACUGAAGUCUAAAACAAAUCCUUAAAAAAACAAUACAAAAGAAUUCAAUCAGACAAAGACAAACUGGAAUAGUAUUUCAACAUAUUUAUCAUAUAGAUUAAUCAAAUAAUUCUAAACUGUUAAAGAUAAUUUGUAAUCGAAAACUCACCAGCUUGAGAAUUUCAUAGAUGAACUCAGGGGCAUUCUUACUCCCACUCAAAUUGCCACUUUUCUCAUUGGCCUUGAAAAAGUAUGCCAUUUAAAUCCAAUUAUCAUAGAACAAAUUCUAAAAAGAAAUGAGUAUAUCUAAUCUCUGGAAAAUUUUUGAUGAAGAGUUCGAAACUGAAGUCAAAGAAGAAGAUUCACCUCAACAGGACACUUAAUAAAAAAAAAUACAUCUAUGA